UUUAAGUUUGGACCUUCUGGUUUUCCGUAUAACAACAAACAUGGCGUCUUCCUCUGAUGUUCAUGUCCGAAUAUGUGGCCAAGAAAUCAUCAAAUACGAUCUGGAAAUCAAAGCUCUUAUUCAGGAUAUCAGAGAGUGUUGCGGUCCGCAGGCUGUAGUGACGCAGCUCAACUCUACAGUAAAGGAAAAAUUCAGUCUGUUAAGACAGAGAAUACAGGACAUGGAACAGAUGGCUAAAGAACAAGAUCGAGAGACUGACAAGCUAAGCAUCUUAAGUGAAACUGAAGGCCAUCGUAAGCAAAUGUUGAGUAAUCAGAUGGCAUGGAGAAAGGCCAAUCUGGCGAGCAAACUAGCCAUUGAUAACCUGGAGAAAGAUGAACUUCUCGAUGGGGGAAAUUCUGUGAGGCAAAGGAAGGCCACUAAAGAGGGUAUGGUGCAGACUUCUAGUGACAUCACAGAGAAUUUGAUGAGCAUCAGCCGUAUGAUGGCACAACAGGUGCAUCAGAGCGAGGAGACCAUCACCACUUUGGCAACGUCUUCAAGAACUGUACACGGGACAAAUGAAGAAUUUAAAGCUAUGACGGGAACCAUCCAUUUGGGAAGAAAACUGAUUCUGAAAUAUAAUCGUCGUGAACUGACAGACAAACUGCUGAUCUUUUUAGCACUCGCUCUGUUUAUCGCUACAGUUCUCUACAUUUUGAAGAAAAGACUCUUUCCAUUUAUUUAGCUGAAAAAGUACCCGCCUUGACUUCCCACAGCUUUAUGUAAAUUUUUGUGUACAUUUUUUUCUGUAGGCUUUUCACAUAAUUCUGAAAGUAAAUCUGGCGUAAAUGACUCGCAGAGGAUUUUCUUGUCAGCGAGAAGCACAUUAAAAGCCAUGAAUGCUAAUUCCAUUCAGUAAAUAUAAUGUCAGUCAAAAAUGUUCACAAUGUCGGUUUGUUGGACAAAAUAUACUGCGUAUUGCAAAAUAUAUUUACUAAGUACUUAGUAUUAACUGGUGUGAAGGAAGGAUGUUAAAGUGCAAUUACAAAAUCUUGUUUUUUAGGUCCAGAACAGAAAAAUAUUGUUUUUUAUUAUAUUUGGAUAUUCAUUUGCAUAUUUUCAUCUUUUGUACAAUUGAAAUCAAUAUUGUUCUUUGGAUAAGCAUACACUAAAUCUGCAUAAAGUAAAAAAAAUUAUGUGAGAUUUUGUGCCUUAUGAAUGCAAAACAUUAGAUAACAUCACAUCUUAUUACUUAAUUUUUUUAUUACAAAUGUUUGUCAACAUCUUAAUGGUAGUAAAUCGAAUGGUUAUCUUGUUUAAUUCGCUUCAUCAGUCCUGACAUUGGUCAUUGACAAUAGGAUUGACUAUUCUCCAUUAAAUGUUUCCAGAAAAAAACAAGUUUGAUGUGUCUCUAGAACUAGUCAUUAGUGAAAUUAACCACUAGAUGGUGUUAGUGAGCUCGUGUGCUUGUUUUAUUGAUGUUCAUCAGAAGUAUUCUGUACAAUAUUUCGAUUGAUAGUUUGUUGCACAUUUGUUAAUCUUGAAAUAGACUGCACUGCACUCUAUCUGCAUUAUUUAUUUUAAUAAAUAAGAUUAUCCAGCCAUGAAAUAAAAUUGUCUGAAUUAAG